UCCCUCAGUGCUCCCCUCUGCUGCAGCCCUCUUCCAACAUGGCCUCCUACAGCUCCUCCGCCCAAAGCGCCUCCUCUUACCGCCGCCACUUCGGCCAAGGCGCCUACGCCUCGCCCUCCCUCAACCGCUCCCUGCUGGGCCAUGGUGCCGGGGGGGGCAACGUGUCCUCCAGGGUGUAUGAGGUGACCCGGACCAGCUCCACACCGGCGUACCGCAUCUCCUCCAGCCUCUACGGGAAGCCCCUGGCCGCCUCCUCCCGCGCCUCCCUCGGGCGCUCCUAUGCCGGCAUGGGCGAGACGCUGGACUUCAGCCUGGCGGAUGCAAUCAACCAGGAGUUCAUGACGACGCGCACCAACGAGAAGGUGGAGCUGCAGCACCUGAACGACCGCUUCGCCAGCUACAUCGAGAAGGUGCGCUUCCUGGAGCAGCAGAACCAGGCGCUGGCGGUGGAGGUGGAGCGCGUGCGCGGCCGCGAGCCGACGCGCAUCGCCGACCUGUAUGAGGAGGAGAUGAGCGAACUGAGGAGGCAGGUGGAGAUCCUGACCAAUCAGAGGGCGAGGGUGGAGAUUGAGAGAGACAACCUGGUGGACGACGUCGACAAGCUGAAGCUCAGACUGCAGGAGGAGAUCAUCCAGAGAGAGGAGGCAGAGAACAACCUGGCUGCUUUCAGGGCGGAUGUUGACGCCGCCACUCUGGCUCGUCUGGAUCUGGAGAGACGCAUCGAGACGCUGCAGGAGGAGAUCGCCUUCCUGAAGAGGAUCCAUGAGGAGGAGAUCCGUGAGCUGCAGACACAGAUGCAGGAGACUCAGGUGCAGAUCCAGAUGGACAUGUCCAAGCCCGACCUGACGGCAGCGCUGCGGGACAUCAGAGCUCAGUACGAGGGCAUCGCCGCCAAGAACAUCUCCGAGGCCGAGGACUGGUACAAGUCGAAGGUGACUGACCUGAACCAGGCGGUGAGUAAAAACAACGAGGCGCUGAAGCAGGCCCGGCAGGAGACCAUGGAGUUCAGACACCAGAUCCAGUCCUACACCUGCGAGAUCGACUCGCUCAAAGGCACCAACGAGUCCCUGAUGAGGCAGAUGCGGGACAUGGAGGAGCGGCACGGACGGGACGCCGGCGGCUUCCAGGACACCAUCUCCCGGCUGGAGGCGGAGAUCGCCAACAUGAAGGACGAGAUGGCGCGCCACCUCCGCGAAUACCAGGACCUGCUCAACGUCAAGAUGGCGCUGGACGUGGAGAUCGCCACCUACAGGAAGCUGCUGGAAGGAGAGGAGAGCAGGAUCACCUUGCCUGUGCAGAGUUACUCGACCCUGAGCUUCAGAGAGACCAGCCCCGAGCACCAGCGCUCCUCCGAGCUGCAUUCAAAGAAAACCGUCCUCAUCAAAACCAUCGAAACCCGCGAUGGAGAGGUCGUCAGCGAGUCGACGCAGCACCAGCAGGACAUCAUGUAACCAUCUGCAGAAAACAAGAGAAGAAGAAACAACAACAACACGUCGGUCCUCCACCGAGUCAGACCAAGGAAGAAGUCAAACAAGAAAGAGAUGCACAAAUAAAAAGCAAUGAGACUUCACAGACUGAACCAUUAAUGCAAUAUGUGAAUUUAAAGCAGGGCGCUGGAAUCACUUCAAGGUUAUUUGUCAUUUCAGUGUUUAGAUUACCCUUUAAAAGCCUAUUUUCUUAUGAGAAUUGUACCUAAAGACCACCUCUUUGCAGUGACUCAGCAUUAAAAACAGCAUUUUUGCAUCUGAAAGUAAAUUUCCUGCUCUGCAAUUUAAGUUAAAUGUCACAGAAAAUCACAUCUACUCAUGCAUCUGAUUUAGUGUGCAGAAAAUGCACAUCUACUUAGUUUUUUACCUGACUUUUCCUUCUAGUUUCUUCCACACACGGUUUAUCCUCAAGAUGAGAGUCGCAGUUUUGUCCAAUAAGGAAGAUAAAGUGUAUGUUCUUAUCGAUAAAGGAAUGCAGAAAGGACAAGGAGGAUGGAGGAGGAGAUGAAAGCAGAGAUAGGAGGUUUGUUGAGUGUCUUUCAAAUAUUAUUUGCUAAUAAAAGUAAAGUGAAGUUAAAA